AUGACUACACAAAUCCGGACCACGGUUCUCAUCUCCGGCAAUGGUUCGAACCUGCAAGCAGUAAUCGAUCAAGUCGCAGCCGGUACCCUCAACGCAAACAUUAUUCGCGUCCUCUCCAACCGGAAAGAUGCCUUCGGACUGGAACGUGCCCAGAAAGCAAGCAUUCCUACCCAAUACCACAAUCUUGUCAAGUACAAGAAGCAGCACCCUGCUACACCCGAGGGUGUUCAAGCCGCGCGUGAAGAGUACGAUGCCGAGCUGGCUCGCUUGAUCCUCGCUGAUCAACCUGAGCUGGUUGUAUGUCUUGGAUUCAUGCACAUCCUUUCGCCGGAAUUUCUGAGGCCCCUUGAGGUGGCCAAUGUGCGCAUAAUCAACUUGCAUCCAGCGCUCCCGGGCGCUUUCAAUGGUGUGAAUGCGAUUGAGCGCGCUCAUGCUGCUUGGAUGGAAGGCAAGAUUGAUAAGACGGGUGUAAUGAUCCACGAUGUCAUUUCCGAGGUGGAUAUGGGCCAGCCCAUUCUAGUCCAGGAGAUUCCCUUCCUAAAGGGCCAGGAUGAGGAUCUAGAGGCCUUUGGGAAGCGAGUUCACGAAACGGAAUGGGUCACCGUCAUCGAGGGAGUUGGUAUGGUACUCAAGGAGCUGACGGCCCGGAAUUCAGCUUAA